AUGUCGGCCGAGAAAAACCCUGUGCUCCGGCAGCACGGCUCGUCUGCCGCCACCGGAAAAGCGACGAGGAGCUUGAGGGCCGUCGUGACUGUGCUUCAAACAGCGGGGAGUACUGUACUUUCGCACUUGGGCCUCAGCCGUGGAUUGUUAGCAGAUGGUAUCUCUGGCUUGCUCGGUAAAACACUUCUGGUCGAGCUCGUCGCGGCCGAGCUUGAUCUUCAGUCUGGACAAGAGAAGUUAACCAUCGGUUCGCAUGCAAGUAAAAUUGGGAACGACGACAACGAGACUUACUAUGAAUCCACGUUCGAAAUUCCUGAGGAUUUUGGAGAGAUUGGUGCUGUAAUUAUGGAAAAUGAGCAGCGGAAUGAAAUAUUUGUGAAAGACAUCUUAAUAUUGCAAGAUUUGUCGGGUGGCCCCGUCCACGUUACCUGCAAUUCAUGGGUUCAGCCCACAGAUGAUAAAAACCCCGAAAAGAGAGUGUUUUUCAUCAAUAAGUCUUACCUGCCGUCACAUACACCGAGUGGGCUGAAAAGAUACAGAGAGAAAGAGCUCGUCGUCCUAAGAGGCGACGGCCAAGGCAAGCGCAAGGCCUCCGACAGGAUCUACGACUACGAUGUCUACAACGAUCUCGGCGAUCCUGACUCCGACGACGGCCUGGCUCGCCCCGUCCUCGGCGGCCCCGACCGUCCUUACCCUCGCCGCUGCAGAACUGGCCGCCCGAGAACUGAUAAAGAUCCACUAUCCGAGUCAAGGAGCUCCAACGUGUACGUGCCUAGAGACGAAGCAUUUUCAGAAGUAAAGCAGGCGAAAUUCUCGGCCAAUACCCUAUCCUCGGUGCUCCAUGCGGUUGUCCCAUCAUUGGAGACUUACAUCAUUGACAAAAACCUUGGCUUCCCACACUUCACCGCCAUUGAUAGUUUAUUCAACGAAGGUUUUUUGCUUCCGGAUAUUCCUGCUUCAGGGCUUCUAAGGAAUAUUAUACCCAGGCUCGUUAGGUAUAUGAAUGACAUGAAAAACAGUGUUCUGCAAUUUGAGACGCCUCAGUUGAUCGACAGAGAUAAGUUCGCGUGGUUUUGUGAUGCUGAAUUCGCUAGACAAACUCUAGCUGGUGCCAAUCCAUUGUGCAUCAAGUUGGUUACGGAAUGGCCACUCAAAAGUGCUCUCGACACAGAGAUUUACGGGCCUGCUGAGUCAGCAAUCACAACGGACUUGGUAGAGAAAGAAAUUGGAGGCUACAUGUCUGUGGAUGAGGCAUUGAAGCAAAAGAAGCUGUUCAUGUUAGAUUACCACGACGUGUUCUUGCCUUUUGUGAACAAGGUAAGGGAGCUCAAGGGGACUACCUUGUAUGGGUCGCGGACUCUAUUUUUCUUGAUGCCUGAGGGCACAUUGAGGCCCUUGGCUAUUGAGCUCACGAGACCGCCUGUAGAUGGGAAGCCCCAGUGGAAGGAGGUUUACCAGCCAUGUUGGAACCCAACUGACAUCUGGUUGUGGAGGCUGGCUAAGACUCACGUCCUAGCGCACGACUCAGGUUAUCAUGAAUUAGUCAGUCACUGGCUACUAACUCAUUGUUGCGCGGAGCCUUACAUAAUCGCGACAAAUAGGCAACUGAGUUCAAUGCAUCCUAUUUACAGAUUAUUGCAUCCUCAUUUACGUUACACAAUGGAGAUUAAUGCUCUGGCUCGUAAGUCCCUUAUCAAUGCCAAUGGUAUCAUCGAGUCAUCAUAUUCCCCGGGCAAGUACUCGAUCGAGUUGUGCUCUGUUGCGUAUGACAAGCUAUGGCAGUUUGACUUACAGACACUACCGGCAGAUUUAAUCUACAGGGGAAUGGCUGUGGAGGAUCCAACUGCGCCUCACGGCCUGAAGCUAACAAUCGAAGAUUACCCUUACGCAAAUGAUGGUCUGCUUUUAUGGGACGUCAUCAAACAGUGGGUCACAGAUUAUGUCACGCACUAUUAUCCAGAACCAAACCUCGUCCAAUCAGACAAUGAACUUCAAUCAUGGUGGAUAGAGAUCCGAACAAAGGGCCACGCGGACAAAAAGGACGAACCCUGGUGGCCCGAGCUAAAAACUCCUCAGGACCUAAUCGGGAUCCUCACGACCAUCAUAUGGGUGGUCUCGGCCCACCAUGCGGCUGUCAACUUCGGCCAAUUUGAUUAUGGGGGCUACUUUCCAAACAGGCCCACCAUAGCCCGGAUCCAGAUGCCCACUGAAGACCCGAGAGAGGAAGAAAAGAAGAAGUUUCUCGAGAGGCCUGAGGAGUUUCUGUUGAGGUGCUUUCCUUCGCAACUUCAGGCGACAAUCGUGAUGGCUGUUUUGGACGUUUUGUCUAAUCAUUCGCCUGAUGAGGAGUAUAUCGGUGAGAAAAUCCAGCCGUUUUGGGCCGAGGAUAAAGUGAUAGCUGCUGCUUUUGAACGGUUUAAUGGGCGGCUGAAGGAGAUUGAGGGGAUUAUUGAUGGUAGAAAUGCGGAUACACGCCUGAAAAAUCGGGCCGGGGCUGGUGUGGUGCCGUAUGAGCUUCUGAAGCCGUUUUCGGAACCUGGCGUGACGGGGAAAGGUGUGCCGAAUAGCAUCUCGAUUUGA